CUCACACAUUGAGAGGGGAGACGGACAGAGUACACCAGACUGAGCAGACGAGGCAUAUUUCGGGCGCAUAUUAGGAGUGCGUAAAACCGCAAGAGCACAGAAACAUCGUACCCGGUGAUUGUACGUUGGAUAAUACGAGUUCAGAGUCUGACUUGUCGACUUUAAUUGCGUCUGCUUACAGGAACUGCCCUAUGAUUUCAGCAACCUUCAGUUUUCUGAAUGGACGCGCUGGGAAGCUUCUCCGGUGACAUGGAAAUGCGCGUUAUUGAGCGUGUAUCCGGAUGCUGAGGACGACCGAUCCGAUAAGUCAAUUCCAGCUUUCAUUUUAGGAGUUUUUGAACUCUCUUUUCCAACCGGCUACGACAUGGAGGGCACCAGCUUCCAGCCCCAUCCCGGACUUCAGCAAACUCUGAAGCAGUUUCAUCUGAGUUCCAUGCGCUCCCUCGGUGGACCGGCGGCGUUUUCCGCUCGGUGGCACCAGGACUCCCUCUUCGGAAAAGAUGGGAAAUCCGCAGAGUUGAUGCUCUCCCUGCCUGCUCAGACACCCCCGGUGAUGUCCGGUCCACUUUUCAUCCCCUCCGACCGCUCCACGGAGAGGUGCGAGACGGUGCUGGAGAGGGAGCCCAUCUCCUGCUUCGUGGUCGGCGGCGAGAAGCGCCUGUGCCUGCCGCAGAUCCUCAACAGCGUCCUGAGAGAUUUCUCCCUCCAGCAGAUCAACUCGGUGUGCGACGACCUCCACAUCUACUGCUCCAGGUGCACGGCGGACCAGCUGGAGAUCCUCAAAGUGGUGGGGAUCCUGCCCUUCUCGGCGCCGUCCUGCGGGCUCAUCACCCAGACGGAUGCUGAGCGCCUCUGCAACGCGCUCAUCUACGGCGGUACGUACCCUCCUCACUGCAACAAGGAGUUGGGCUCCCUGGAGUUUGAGAGAACCGAGAAGAGCUUCAAAGUCUACCACGAAUGUUUCGGACGGUGUAAAGGCCUGUUCGUCCCGGAACUGUACAGCGGUCCGGCGGCCGCCUGCAUCCAGUGCAUGGACUGCAGACUCAUGUUCCCACCGCACAAGUUUGUGGUCCACAGUCACAAGAGACUAGAGAACCGGACAGUCCACUGGGGCUUCGACUCAGCCAACUGGCGAGCUUAUGUGCUCUUAGACCCGGACUACACCGGCAAGGAGGAGAAGAGUCAUCUGGAGCAGCUGCUUAAAGAGUUAAAAGGAAAAUACGAUCUGACGGCCAAACUGUCCAGUAAAGGCUGCAGAUCUCCCAGCCCAGUCCCGGCCAAGAGGUCCAAAUUUGACAAAUUACAGUCCCCAUCAGCCGAGAAAGACAGGAAACCUGACUGGUUACAGUCGCUGUCAAAGUCUGCACACAAGGAUCUGAAACAGGUCCAGCUGAAACAGAGGCCCUCUGCUUUCCGCCCCUGGUCUCCUAAAGCAGUAGAAAAAGAGAAACCAGCCACUCAAAACGAGGAGGAAAGAUCCUGCUCAAAGAAUCAGGAGACUUUGGCUGCUCCCAAUCUGGCACUUGCUCCCCCGGCUCCUCCUGUCCAUCCCAAGGACAGCCACACUCCUGGCAGGGGGCCCACAGCCAUUUCCAUACAGGAGCUGCAUAAUGGCAACGCACAGCCUUCAGCAAAGCCAGCCCACUCCGGCAACGCCAACCGAGCCGAAGACAUGGACACAGACGGAGAGAUUGACGUGGACCACUGUGACGAUAGUCCAGUUCCAGCCUCCGCCCUGGUUUCCCCUCCCUCAGCCUGCACCAGCGUGUCUCAGCCUCCGACUCCUCAGAGCGGCGCUCGGGCUCAGGAAAGACCUUCAUGGCUGCCUGGGACUAUUUGCCCCGAGAUGGACGCCAUGAGACAGAUGCUGUACGCUGGUCUGGACACCAAAGAGGUCCGGGAGAAACUCCUACAGGAGAUUGUCAGGAUGAGAGUGAAGCAGGAGGAGAAGCUGGCAGCUGCUGUGCAAGCUAAACGCAGCCUUCAACAGGAACUGGAGUUUGUGAGGGUGGCUAAGAAAGGCCGUCUUCGUGAGGCCAUCGAAGCCAAGCGCAACUUGCGAAAGGAGAUCGAACGCCUUCAUGUGGACUGGGAGAGGAAGAUGAGGGAUGCAGAGGAGUCCUGUGGGCGGCUGAAGAGAGAGCUGGAGAGGGAGAGACAGCUGCGAGUCUGUGACAAAGGUUGUGAAGCUGAACGUCUGCGGGUCAAAUACUCCACUCAGAUUGAAGAGUUGCACAUGCAGCUACAGCAGGCGGAAGCCGACCGAGAGCAGCUGAGGCAGGAGCUGCAGCAGGAGAGAGAAGCUCGGCAGAGCCUGGAGAGCGUCGUCAAAGACCUGCAGGCCCAGCUGGCCCUGCAGGCCAACAGCAGUCCUCCUGGAGAGACCAAGGAGGCCAACACAGAUGCACACAGACAGACCACACAACCCACCAAUGGAUCCUAAAGUUGCACAUGGAGAGAAAGACUAAAUUUAAAAAAAAAAGGAGCAUGUUUAAGGACUUUAUCGCACCUCCUGUUGGGAAAAAAGAAACUCUGCAAAAAUCAGUUUUGGAGAGGAAAACUCGGUCAUAUGUAAUAUGAUAUAUGGUAUACAUUGAUGUUAUAAUGACAGUAUGAAAUUUUAUGAAAUGAACUGGAACGUAGCAUGAUGUCUGAGCAUGAUAUAGAGCGUGAAACUAAGAAAGACUUCUUCAGCGAUGAACACAUCUUUCCAGUGACGUCAGAGCCCUCGGUUAGACACCUGACGCUGUCCAAGGAUCUUUUUGUUUUGGUAUAAGCUAUUCUAAGAUGUGCAAAUAUAGCUACAUAACACUACUUGAAUAUGAAGGGAAGAAACAUGUUGCGCCUGGUGAAACGUGAGCAGAUGAUGAAACUCUUGGUGCCACAAAAUAUUGGUACACUCAAAGGUGUCAUUGCAGACCACUGGAAACAAGAGACACAAGUUUACCACUAUUUACUUUUAAUAUCCGCUUGCUUUUUAUAACUGUGUAGAGGAUGUACUUUUUAAGAAAUAUUGCUUGCGCAGCACUGUUAUUCCACAGGCGAGAAAAAAAAAAUCAUCCAUAUACAAACAUGUACGCAUGUAUACCAGCUUAUCUACCUUUUGUAUUUUAUCAGCCUGAAGUAUUGGAGGUUCUGUGGGCUGCCUUCAGGUCCACCACUGUUUUAUGCUUAGAUAUUUUAUGGAAGUGUUACUUUUCGUCGUUGUUUUCCAGUAAUGUUUGUUUUGCAACCAAACCAUGUGGUAAAUAGCAGAUAUUCUUGCCCACAUUAGUCUAGAUAAGUCGACAAACACACUCCUAAAAGAUAAAAAAAAAAAGAAGCAACUCCAAUAGCUGUUUAUUUUGAAAUGCGGUACUUCUGAUUUUCUAUGGAGUAUUGUCAAAUAAUUUAUAUUCUACAAUAAUUUGCUGCCUAUCAACAGAAAGCAUUCAUUUAUAGUCACUGGUUUUAGGGCUCUUAAAUCAACAAUUGCUGUUUAUAUGAACAACAUUUCUACAUAUAUACAAAAUAUGGAUAUAUAUUUUUUUACUUUAAGAAACGGAAUUGCACUUUUUAAAGAAAGAACCUUGCAUUGUGCAUCGUACUCCCUGUUACAUUUUUCAAAUCUCAAGUUAACAUGAACUUUGAAUUUAAAUACACUUUCCCGCAGUAUCCUCUUAUGUAAAUACAAUGAUAUUGUAAAUAAGAUAUUUGUUGGUAUGGUAUGUUUGCUUGCUCCAGACUUAAACUGAUUAUUUUUUUUGUUCUUACUUGAAACCAAAAAGAGACUAUAUUUGGAUUUUGCAAAACUGUAGUUUCAUUGUUGCUGAUCCCUGAGUAUGGUUGCAAUCACAGGGCAUUUACCAGAACAGAUGAACUCGCUGCUUUAAACCAGCAGUGGUUGUGAACUCGACCUGUCAGUAGUUUUUAUAGGUUUGACACACCAACAGAAUAUUAUAAAUUCUCCCCUUGAUUUGUUUUUUUGAGAAGAUCUUUAUUAUUUGAUGAAUUAUAGAGUUAUAUAUUAUACCACAGACCAAAAACUGAAAAAUGGAUUUUAAUUCUCUGCACCUCCAGCUCCCUCGUCAGAUAGAGUAGAAAUGACACCUUCUCAUGGUUAAAACCUUAGGUGCUCGCGUAUAUUUUAGGCAAGAAAACACUUUUAUGUCUUAUCAUUAUGAUACCCUCGCUCAGUAUUUGUUGGGUACAGUGUAAUAGCAAUAUCCAUUUUGUUAGCUGAUGCUGUUGUAGUUUUGGUUUGGAAGUGGGGUUUCACUUGCCUCUUGUUUCAGUGUUUUCUUUUUCCUUCAGAAAACUUGUAUAAUAUCCAUUAAAAUCUAAAUCAAUUCUA